UGCCAUCGACAAAACAACGUGCAUCUGUAAGCUACUUGUGCAGCCAAAGGAGGCGUUAUUCGAUAUUCGUCUAAAGACACUACUUAAUUGCAAUUUUUUUAAAAAUAUUUUUUCAAAAAUGAGCAGCAAUUCAUCUAGUAGUAUUCCUGUGCGACGUGUUCAAAUUACUGAACCACAGAAUAUGCCAUCACGAUAUUCUGAGACCCCUGGUGGAACAAUUUUUAGCACAACCCCUGGAGGAACUAGAAUUAUUUAUGAAAGAAAGUUUUUGUUGGAUUUAAAGAGUUCCCCUCUGUCCAGAACUCCUACUAAUCUACCUGUAAUUCCUGGUGUUACUUUGGACGAUAAUGGCAAAAUUAUUGAAGAAAUGGAAGAACUUAAAGAGGAUUCUGUUCCUAAAACAAGCCAGUUAAAUGGUGAUCAAAAGAAAGAUGAAGAUCUUUUUGAAAUGGAUAUGUGAAUCUCGAUUUGUAAAGUUCUAAUCAACUGAGACAUUCAGUUCUGUAUGUUCUUGCAUAUCUAUAUUGUUUGUUUAUUCGAAUUAAACUCAAGCAGUUCGGAAAACAUGGAUAAAUAAAAUUUAAUCUUUGAUAUAUAUAUAUAUAUAUAUAUAUAUAUAUAUAUAUAUAUAUAUAUAUAUAUAUAUAUAUAUAUAUAUAUAUAUAUAUAUAUAUAUAUAUAUAUAUAUAUAUAUAUAUAUUGACAUACAUAUAACUAUUUGACUUCGAAUAAAAGGUUCCUUUUCUUUUUGUUUUAGUUUUUUUUUUAAACACAUGUUUUCCUUUUUAUCAUAGUUUUGUGUUUUAUUAUUUUUUUAAAAGUCAUUGUAUUUUUUGCAUAUUUACUGAUUUUUCUUAUGCUUUAAAUAAAAUAAAGAAUAAGGUUUGAUACUCAUUACGUAAUGUAGAACUUAAAUAUUGAAAUUGCUAAUUUGAUAUCAAACUGAAAACUAGAUUGGAUUAGAGAUUUUAGGCGGGAUUUAUUUGCAUGGUUUUUAAAGCUGUUGCGUUUUUGUAAAUAAUAAUUGUACCAGGCUAUUUUAUAGUCAACAUGAUUAGCUUUUUUUGUAAAUAUCUUUCUGCUAGGUAUUCAAAAAGAUUUAUUUUAAAGAAAA